CCUUUGCCAUCCACCGGCAGCACAUGAGCCGCAUGCUCUCCGGGAGCUUUGGGUUUGGCCCGCUGCUUGGCAUCGCUGACGGCACCACACCUGGGGCCCGCCAGGGCGGUCGCAGGAUGCAGGCAGGAGCUGUCUCACCCUUUGGAAUGCUGGGCAUGGCAGGUGGCUUCAUGGAUAUGUUUGGAAUGAUGAACGACAUGAUUGGAAAUAUGGAGCACAUGACAAGUGGAGGCAACUGCCAGACAUUUACUUCCUCGACUGUCAUCUCCUAUUCCAACCUGGGUGAUGGGCCAAAAGUCUAUCAGGAGACCUCCGAGAUGCGUUCGGCACCUGGCGGGAUCCGUGAGACCAGGCGGACUGUAAGAGAUUCGGACAGUGGCCUGGAGCAAAUGUCUAUUGGGCACCACAUCAGGGAGCGGGCCCACAUCAUGCAGCGAUCCCGGAACCAUCGUACGGGUGACCAGGAGGAGAGGCAGGACUACAUCAACAUGGAUGAAAGCGAUGCAGCUGCGUUUGAUGACGAAUGGAGGCGAGAGACGUCCCGUUUCCGGCCGCAGCGGGGGCUGGAAUAUCGGCGUCACGAAGGUGGCAGCGGCCGCCGGGCUGAGGGUGCUCGUCUUGCAAUCCAGGGCCCAGAGGAUUCUCCUUCCAGACAGUCCCGUCGCUAUGACUGGUGAACUCAGAGCAGACUUUGUGGGGGGUGCUAUGUUGUCACCCCCAAAUCUAUCUGCACACUCUUGUAAGUCUUAACAACGUUUUCCCAUCUUC